CGAUGCCCAGUAAGUUCAGCUGCCGGCAGCUCCGGGAGACGGGCCAGUGCUUCGAGAGUUUCCUAGUCGUUCGAGGACUGGACAUGGAGACAGAUCGCGAGCGGCUGCGAACCAUUUAUAACCGCGACUUCAAGAUCAGUCUUGCCUCCAGCAAAUCCAUCCUCCAAUCCUGAUGCCAGAGUGAUCUGAAAUGCAAAUAUGAUCUUGCCACUCCCCUGCUUAAAACCCACCAACUGCAGUGGUUCUGUAACAGCAGGGUAGCCUCUGACAAGGGCUGAAACUUUGGGACCCCCGCCCCUGGCUUCUCCUCCAUGCUGUAUGGAAUGAAGAUUGCAAAUCUGGCCUACGUCACCAAGACUCGGGUCAGGUUCUUCAGACUCGACCGCUGGACUGACGCGCGGUUCCCAGAAAAGAGGAGAAUGAAGGCGGGGUCAGAUAUCAGCAAACACCACAAGUCACUGCUAGCCAAGAUCUUUUAUGACAGGGCUGAGUAUCUUCACGGGAAGCAUGGGGUGGACGUGGAAGUCCAGGGGCCCCAUGAAGCCCGAGAUGGGCAGCUCCUUAUCCGCCUGGAUUUGAACCGCAAGGAGGUGCUGACCCUGAGGCUCCGGAACGGAGGAAACAAGCCGGUUACCCUCACUCACCUCUUCCCACUCUGCCGGACACCCCAGUUUGCCUUCUAUUAUGGCGACCAGGAGCUGCCCUGCCCACUAGGCCCCGGUGAAUGCUAUGAGCUCCACGUGCACUGUAAGACCAGCUUUGUGGGCUACUUCCCAGCCACAGUGCUCUGGGAGCUGCUGGGACCUGGGGAGUCCGGCUCAGAAGGAGCUGGCACUUUCUACAUUGCCCGAUUCUUGGCUGCCGUCGCCCACAGCCCCCUGGCUGCACAAUUGAAGCCCACGACUCCCUUCAAGCGCACUCGGAUCACUGGAAACCCUGUGGUGACCAACCGUAUAGAGGAAGGAGAAAGACCUGACCGCGCUAAGGGCUAUGACUUGAAGCUAAGUAUGGCACUGGGGACCUACUACCCACCCCCCCGCCUUAGGCAGCUGCUCCCCAUCCUUCUUCAGGGAACAAGCAUCUUCACUGCCCCAAAGGAGAUUGCUGAGAUCAAGGCCCAGCUGGAGACAGCCCUGAAGUGGAGGAACUAUGAGGUGAAGCUCCGGCUGCUGCUGCACCUGGAGGAGCUGCAGAUGGAGCAUGACAUCCGGCACUAUGACCUGGAAUCAGUGCCCAUGACCUGGGACCCCGUGGACCAGAACCCCAGGCUGCUCACACUGGAGGUUCCCGGCGUGACCGAGAGCCGCCCCUCAGUGCUGCGGGGUGACCACCUGUUUGCUCUUCUGUCGUCUGAGACACACCAGGAGGACCCCGUCACUUACAAGGGCUUUGUGCACAAGGUGGAAUUGGACCGUGUCAAACUGAGCUUUUCUAUGAGCCUCCUGAGCCGAUUUGUGGAUGGGCUGACCUUCAAGGUGAACUUCACCUUCAACCGGCAGCCCCUGCGGGUCCAGCAUCGGGCCCUGGAGCUGACGGGUCGCUGGCUGCUGUGGCCCAUGCUUUUUCCUGUGGCCUCCCGUGGGGUCCCGCUGCUGCCCUCAGAUGUGAAGCUCAAGCUGUAUGACCGGAGUCUGGAGUCAAACCCAGAGCAGCUGCAGGCCAUGAAGCACAUUGUUAUGGGUACUACACGUCCAGCCCCCUACAUCAUCUUUGGGCCUCCAGGCACUGGCAAGACUGUCACAUUAGUGGAGGCCAUUAAGCAGGUGGUGAAGCACUUGCCCAAAGCUCACAUCCUGGCCUGCGCUCCAUCCAACUCGGGUGCUGACCUUCUCUGUCAGCGGCUCCGAGUCCACCUGCCCAGCUCCAUCUACCGCCUCCUGGCUCCCAGCAGGGACAUCCGAAUGGUACCUGAGGACAUUAAGCCCUACUGUAACUGGGAUGCAAAAAAAGGGGAGUAUGUGUUUCCUGCCAAAAAGCAACUGCAGGAAUAUCGCGUCUUAAUUACCACCCUCAUCACUGCCAGCAGGUUGGUGUCAGCCCAGUUUCCCAUCGAUCACUUCACACACAUCUUCAUCGAUGAGGCUGGCCACUGCAUGGAACCUGAGAGUCUGGUGGCCAUAGCAGGACUGAUGGAAGUUAAGGAAACAGGCAAUCCAGGAGGGCAGCUGGUGCUGGCUGGAGACCCUCGGCAGCUAGGACCUGUACUGCGUUCCCCACUGACACAGAAGUAUGGGCUGGGGUACUCGCUGCUGGAGCGGCUGCUCACCUUCAAUGCCCUGUACAAGAAGGGCCCUGAUGGCUAUGAUCCCCAGUUCAUAACCAAGCUGCUACGCAACUACAGGUCUCAUCCCACCAUCCUGGAUAUUCCCAACCAACUCUACUAUGAUGGAGAGCUGCAGGCCUGUGCAGAUGUGGUGGAUCGAGAGCGCUUCUGCCGCUGGGAGGGUCUGCCUCGGCAGGGAUUUCCCAUCAUCUUCCAUGGUGUGAUGGGCAAAGAUGAGCGUGAGGGCAAUAGCCCAUCCUUCUUCAACCCAGAAGAGGCUGCCACAGUGACUUCUUACCUGAAGCUGCUCCUGGCCCCUUCCUCUAAGAAGGGGAAAGCCCGACUGAGCCCACGAAGUGUUGGAGUCAUCUCCCCAUACCGGAAGCAGGUGGAAAAAAUCCGUUAUUGCAUCACCAAACUUGACAGGGAGCUUCGGGGACUGGAUGACAUCAAGGACUUGAAGGUGGGCUCUGUGGAAGAAUUCCAAGGCCAAGAACGCAGUGUGGUCCUCAUCUCUACCGUGCGAAGCAGCCAGAGCUUUGUGCAGCUGGAUCUGGACUUUAACCUGGGUUUCCUUAAGAACCCCAAGAGGUUCAACGUGGCUGUGACCAGGGCAAAGGCUUUGCUCAUCAUAGUGGGCAACCCCCUUCUCUUGGGCCACGACCCCGACUGGAAAGCAUUCCUGGAGUUCUGUAAAGAAAAUGGAGGGUACACCGGAUGUCCCUUUCCUGCCAAACUGGACCUACAGAAUGGACAGAACUUACUUCAAGAUCUGAGCAAGCUCAGCCCCUCUACCUCAGGGCUCCACAAUCACGACUAUCUCCCCCAGGAGCAGGAGAGUGAAGGGGGCCUGUCCCUGCAAGUGGAGCCCGAGUGGAGGAAUGAGCUCUGAAGACUCAGCUGCCUGCCUUCUCACACCAGCCAAGCCUUAACCCGCUGCCACCCAACCCUGAACCAGAACCCAGCUGAGCUGCCCCUCCAAGGGACAGGAAGGCUGGGGGAGGGUGUUUACAACCAAGCCAUUCCACCCCUUCCCCUGCUGGGGAGAAUGACACAUCAAGCUGCUAACAAUGGGGGAAGGGGGAGGAAGAAAAACUCUGAAAACAAAAUCUUGUUCUAUGCAAAAGCCUCUUGAUCAUGUCUCCUCAGCUUGGCCCCAGCUUCCUGUGUCCCCAAGCUGACCCUGCAAGAGGGUGAGACUGUCACACCCUGUCCAGGACUACAUCUCCCCAUAGCCCCCAUGUCCAGGGGAGGAAACUCAGUGGGCAGGGAAGCCACCCACAGGUUUCUAAGUUUAGUCCGGGCCAGAGACCACGCCCCUCACCAGGCUCUUAGGCUGAGCCAGGCAUGACCUCAUCUGCUCUAAGACUCCACCCUUCCACCCUAGUCCUGCCUUUGCCAACAGGGGGCCAGUCUGGCAAGCAACUUGGAAUUGGAGAGAGAUGGGACUCCCAGCUUGUAGCCAAAAUAGAAACUAGACAAGGGAGAUGGGAAGCUGCCACACAUGUUGGAACCUGUGGCCUUUAUUCAUGCAGUCAGAGACGAGGCCCUUGCCCAAAGGAGAAACCCUAGUUCACCUACCCUAGAAAUGCUCCUCUGAGCCAGAAGUAUAUAAAGUGCUGGUGUGUGACCAUCCUCUGGGGAGGGCCAAAGGGACCAAGGGCCCUACCCCUGGACCAGGGCAGCAGAAGGGACUCUGCUCAGGGAGGGUAGGGCACAGGCCCAGUUCCCAGAGGACAGGGAGGGAGGGCAGCCCCACCACCACCACCACCACCACCACUUUGGGGACUAGGGAAACUUGAUGCAGUCCUGGGCAGGGGGGAACUGAAAAAGGGACCCUUCAGCAUGGAGUCGUAAGGGUGGAGUUCAAGGACAGGUGAGUAAUCACUAAGCCCCUGUGAAGGAAGGGGGCAAUAGGAGGCCAUUGGGUUCUCAGAGAAUGGGACAGCCCCUCCGGCGCUUAUUCUUGCGGACCUGGAGGCCAGCCCGAGUGGCCAUCUCAAAAACCUCACGCACUCCCUCCUUGGUCUUGGCGGAGCACUCAAGGUAGCCAAAGGCACUGAUGCGAUUUGCCAUGUCCCGGCCUUCCUCAGAUCGAACGGGUUCCUGAGAAGACAGAAGAUAAGGCAGAGGACGCUAGUGGCUAUACGCACCUCUCACCACACCACCCAUAAGUAUAGUAACUAUGACAAAUACCUCCUUCAUCCCUGAGCCCACAAAGUAUCCAGGCCCCAGUUGCCCUGAGCAGGGAUCCUAAGCUUCGUUUACAUUCAAAGUACUCUCCAGUCUAUCCCCUACUCUCCUACCUAGUCCCACACCCUGUGUACACAUUUGCCUUGCCUGAAUGUGUUGGCUACCUCCUAACUGACCUCCCUGCCUCCAUCCACCCUUUCCUCCAAACCAUCCUCUGCCUGCUAAAAUAUCUUUUUGACAAGCACACCCGACAUCUGUCCCCAGUUUAAAGCCUUGCCUUAUAUAAUCAUUCUCUCAAGAUAGUGUCUAUUCCAUACCCUGGCAGCUUCCUCUAAUAAACAGGUCCUCUGGUCAGAGGGCCACUUAGACCCUGAAUAAACCAACUCCCUUGCCACCUGAGCCCUUCUUCAGACAAUGAUGAUGCCCUUCCUCUUCAGGUACACUGAUGGCGCAGCCUGCAUACCCCAAGUGAAACAUAAGCUAUCUCCCUGUGGACAGGGACUUCCUUAUUCAUCUUAGUAGCCCCAGUUCCAAAGACAGAACAAUAAACUGGAAUAAAUGAA